UGUGAAGUAUAAGCAGUGUGCUUUUUCUGCAUAUUUUUCUACUAAAUAACAAUAUGGAUAAUGAGAAAAUGAUGAAAAUGCCUAUGCCAAGUAUCGACAGCGUGAAAGUAGCAGUGCGAGUGCGGCCUUUUAGUCAGAGAGAGAAGAAUUCUGGGAGCAAAUGUGUGAUUUCCAUGCAUUCCAGAACCACCACCACUAUACAGGACCCUAAGAAUCCAGAGCAUGUGAAGACAUUUACAUUUGACCUGACAUAUUGGUCUCACAGUGGAUUUCAAAAGGAUAAAGACGGUGUCCUUAUUUCUGCUGAUCCUAGUAGUAAAUUUGCAGGCCAGAGAGAUGUUUUCCAUGACCUUGGCAGGGGGAUUCUGGACAGCGCUUGGCAAGGUUAUAAUGCUACUCUCCUGGCCUAUGGCCAAACUGGCUCUGGGAAAAGCUAUUCCAUGAUUGGGUUUGGUGCCAACAAGGGUAUUAUUCCAAAUGUGUGUGAAGAGCUCUUUCAAGCAAUCGAGAAGCAGGAGAGAAAUCAAGAAUACCAGGUUACCUUCAGUAUGCUGGAAAUUUACAAUGAACAGAUAAGAGAUUUGCUGUCUAGAACCAAAAAACCUGGUGGGCUCAAAAUAAGGGAAGAUCAGCAGGUGGGCUUUUAUGUGGAAGGUUUGACAUCAGUGCCUUGCGAGAACUACACACAAAUUGAAAGGCUGAUGGAACAAGGAACAAAAAUAAGGACCACAGCUUCCACCAACAUGAAUGCCAGCAGCAGCCGGUCCCACAUGGUCAUCACCAUCCAGUUCAAGCAGGUUUUCCCAGACAGAGACCUCACCAAACAAUCCAGUAUUAAUUUGGUGGAUCUAGCAGGAAGUGAAAGGCAGAAAUCUUCAGGAUCCGAAGGAGACAGAUUGAGAGAAGGAUCACGAGUUAACUUAAGUUUAACCAGUUUGGGAAAUGUUAUCAGCGCUCUGGCCGAUGCAGCCAUGGGGAAGAGAGUCCUGCACGUUCCCUACAGAGAUUCCGUCCUGACCAAACUGCUCCAGUCGGCUCUGGGUGGGAACAGCAGGACUGCUUUGAUAGCUGCCAUAAGUCCAGCUGACAUCUGCUACGAGGAAACUUUAUCAACAUUAAGAUACGCUGAAAGGGCUAAAAAGAUCCGGAACAGAGCAGUGGUCAACACCUGGACACUGAUGAGACAGUGGAGGGCAGAGAACAAGCUGCCGCUCAGAAGCAGAACCUCUGGAAUGGCAGAGCAGCCAGCCUGUCUCCUGGCAGAACAGCAGCUCGGGACUCGUGCUAAUCAGGUGACCUGGGCACACCUGCUGGAGCAGGCCUGGCAAGCGUGGGAGCAGCAGCACGUGGCCGUGGCCCAGGAGCGGCAGAUGGUGAAGACCUUUCCUCACCUCCUCAACGUCAACGAGGACCCGCAGCUCACUGGGGUCCUCAAGUACUUCCUUCGACCUGGUUCGUGUGACGUCGGUCAGGCCGCCUCCAAUGCUAUCACUAUUCAAGGUUUGGGAAUUUCAGAUAAACAUGCUUCCUUCACAAAUUCGGAUGGUAAAGUGAUGGUCGCUCCACACAGCAAAUGCAAGGUUGUCGUUAACGGGGUGCCCAUUGCGACCAAGACAAAGCUGCAGCAUUUGGACCGCAUUAUUUUGGGAUCCAACAGCACCUACCUCUACGUGGGGUUUCCUUCAGAGCGAGGCGGUGAGGACUUGAGCAGGUUUGACUACGACUUCUUCCAGCUGGAGAGAGCGGCCGCGGAGGGAGUGAGCGUGGACAAGCUUGGCGCCACAAACAGUGGCGACGGCGAGGCAGACCCCAGCGUCCUGGCUGUGUUCCAGGACUACAUCAAACUGAUGCCCCUGGUUGCAGAAGCAAAUCAAAUGAGUGAAGAGCUGAAGAAGGGACUUAAAAUGGAACUGAAGGUGAAGAACUUAGCAUCAUCAGAUUCCAGGGGUUAUGACCUACAAAAGGAGGUCAUGGUGAAGGUCACCAACCAAAGGACUCACCAGGUGUGGAUUUGGUCAAAAGCCAAGUUUAUCAAUAGGAAAUUCCUAAUGGAGGAACUUUACCAGCGCUUUCUAGAUGGAGAAGACAGCCACGUGGCCCAAGACGACGACCCAUUCUGGGAUCCUGUCGAGGUCGUCCACUUGGGCUCAGCUCACAUCUGGCUCCAGCCACUUGCCUACUGCAUGAAGCUUGAGGAGCAAGUGGCGUUUCUGGACUGUGAGGGGCUGGAGGAGGCCGUGCUGCACGUCUCCAUUGCCCCCUGCACCCCAACAGGACAAGCACGUGGUGAGGAGGACAUGGUUAUUGACCCUCUGGAGAUGCUGGGCAAGAGGAUCGAUUUCCAGAUUCGCCUUGUCCAGUGCCUUGGCGUCAAGUGGCUAAAGGAAGGAGCAAGGCGGGGCAUUCAGAUAGGGUACAGAAUUUAUGACCUUCCGAACACUAUAUAUACCAAACCUGUAUGGAAAAUUAUGAACCCCCAAAUUGAAGAGACUAUCCAAUUUGCAACCUUAAGUGCAUCUCAAGAGUUUCUGAAUUAUUUGCAGACAAAUGCUCUCAUUGUUGAUUUAUGGGGCCUUCAAGAAGGCUGCCUCGAGCUGAGCUGCUCUCAGCCAGACCUCAUGGUCACAGAUGAAGGUCACAUCAUGGUGGACACCAAGACAAUUUCCACCAUGAAGGAUACAAGCCAGACUACAUCAAACCAGAUAUCAGAACUUUAUCUGAAGCUGCACAAGUUAGAGCAGGAGACAGAACUGCUCAGAAACAUUAACAGAGCCCUAAGAGAGGAAAACGUGUUUCUCAAAGAAUCACUUGCAAAAACUGGCUGUGGUCAACAAGCCCAUAAGCCUUCCAAUACCCUGAGGAUAACUGGGAUGACAGCACGACUGCCAUCAGCCACGGAGAUUACCCAAAUGUGCACUCACCAAGCCAGCUGUGACAGAGAAUUUGCCAAGGCUCUUAAGGUGUUCUACCAAGGCAUGAACACAGCAAGAGGGCAGUUUCUCAGAUUGAGACAGUAUAAACCUCCCGAAGACGAUCAAAUGCUUCGACCAUUUAUACACCAACAGUCACAGAUGUUUAAGGAUUUUGGGGACCUACUUGAAUCCAGCUUGUGGAAACUGAAAAAUGAUGUUGCUCUUAUAGUAAAAAAGAAGAGAGAAUAUUUACUGCAUGUCAAAUAG